AUGACGGAGGCCCCCACCAACGCGACAACACAUGCGCAGCCGGACCAGAUUGCCGAAUUCGUGCCACGCACCACGCCGAACAAGGACAAUGACGCUCGUCAACAACAACAAUCGCCGACACUGGACCCCCCGGUGCGCCUGCGCGCCACCAUUUCUGGGACCCGGACCGGUCGAGGAUGCUCCGCGUCCCCCGGUGCCACCGCACCCGCAGAUCCCCAGGCCCCCGACCACCAGCGACAUCUACGCGACCCCGUCUUGGGGUCCUUUGGCCGUCUCCAACCUAUUGGCCGUCGUCAACCAAAGGGGGGGGAUUUUGUGGGGUUGCGUCCACGCGGCAACCCGAGCGUAGCAUCCUCGCUUGGGUAUACCGCGCAGCAACACCUGCACGCCAACCCGGAAGCGGAUAGGGCACCCGGUUUACCGCAUUGCGAUGCUUACCUUAGAGGAGGAGUGACCAAAGCAGACCUUAUCAGCACCAGCUUGUGGACAGCAGAAAAUCCACCGAAAGCUGGGGAUUGCAAAUCAUUACCAGAUGUCAAAGUCUGCAUUUGUUCCAGAGACUUGUGCAAUUCGGCAAUGACUCUUAAAAGCUCGUUUUAUGCAUCAAUCAUUGCACUGGUUGCUUUCCUAUAUGAAACUCAAAUGGGAUUAUUAUUGCUGGAAAGAUUGAAUAUGGAAAAUAUUCACACAACUGAAAUGAAUGAGAUCAACUAUACCGAGAAUGAAGACAAGGAAACAGAGAAUUAUGAAACUCAAAUGGGAUUAUUAUUCCUGGAAGUGCCACCAAUUGGUGCAGAAUUGAUGCAUACACCUGCAUAUUUGCUUGCAAGGAUGGUAUGGCAACACUAUAACCAACAUGCAAUAGAUGGUGACAAGGAUAUGAAAUACUGCAAUACAAAAGAAAAAUGUAGUGUAGCGCCUGAGCUUGUUAUCAAUGAACUCCAUCUUGAUUUUGACACGACCCUUGGUCUUCUUGCCAUUGGGCAGCCCAACUUUUGUCUGGCCAUCCCUGGGAUGACUGGUGCUGGGCUGAGGGUCUUGGCCCUUACUGACACCUCCACCACCUGGCCCACCUUGAGGUGA